AUGGCCGCAGCUCCCCCACUGGCCGGCCGCCCACAGCCCCGCCCACACCCCACAGCCCCGCCCACACCCCACAGCCCCGCCCACACCCCACAGCCCCGCCCACAUCCUACAGCCCCGCCCACACCCCACAGCGCCCCCACUGGCCGCCCGCCCACAUCUCACAGCCCCGCCCACAUGCCACACAGCGCCCCCACUGGCCGCCCGCCCACAUCCCACAGCUCCGGCCACACCGCCAGCACUCCAGCUACAGCGCCCCCACUGGUCGCCCCGCCCACACAGCGCCCCCACUGGUCACCCGCCGCCCCCACAGCGCCCCCCACUGGCCGCCCGCCCCACAUCCCACAGCCCCGCCCACACCCCACAGCCCCGCCCGCCCACAGCCCCGCCCACACCCCACAGCCCCGCCCACACCCCACAGCCCCGCCCACACCCCCACAGCCCCGCCCACAUCUCACAGCCCCCGCCCACACCCCACAGCCCCGCCCACAUCCCACAACGCCCCCACUGGCCGCCCGCCCACAUCCCACACCCCACAGCCCCCCGCCCACACCCCACAGCGCCCCCACUGGCCGCCCGCCCACAGCGCCCCCACUGGCCGCCCUCCGCCCACAGCGCCCCCACUGGUCACUCGCCGCCCACAGCGCCCACACUGGUCACUCGCCGCCCACAGCGCCCCCACCGGGAGACACUGGCCACCCCCUGCCAACAGCGCCACCCAGAGACACGGUACACCUGCAUUCCUUCCUCUAG